AUGGCGUCCCACUUCAGUGGUGCAUUGCUGACAGACUUAGAUGACUUUAUCACUCCGUCACAGGAAUGUGUCAAACCAGUGAAAAUAGAGAGAAAACCAGGAAAAGUAAGCAAAAUUCGAAUAGAAGAUGAUGGGAGUUAUUCUCAGGUGAUGCAGGAUGGAGUGGAGAAUAAAUUGGAGAAAGCCAAGAUCACCCUGAAUGAUUGCCUGGCCUGUAGUGGCUGUAUCACGUCAGCAGAAAGUGUCCUCAUUACUCAGCAAAGUCAAGAAGAACUGUACAAAAUUCUUGAUCAAAACAGAAAGGCAAAGGAGACUGGUCAGCCGAUGAAAACAGUGGUGGUAUCCAUCUCGCCUCAGUCCAGGGCCUCAUUAGCAGCUCAGUAUCACCUGACCAUCCCUCAAACAGGCAGCAAAUUACACACUUUCUUUAAGAGUUUAGGUGUUCAUCAUGUCCUGGACACAACAUUCAGUCGAGAGUUCAGCCUUAUAGAGAGUGGCCGCGAGUUUGUGCGACGCUUCCGUCAGGCUGAUGUGGAUAAAACACAGCUACCUAUGCUAGCCUCAUCAUGUCCAGGGUGGGUGUGUUAUGCUGAGAAGACUCAUGGGGCAUACAUUUUACCAUACAUCAGCACCACAAAAUCUCCACAGCAGAUCAUGGGCUCUUUGGUUAAAGAUUAUUUCGCAGGGUUAGAGGGUAUAUCACCAGAUUUGGUAUAUCAUGUGACUGUGAUGCCGUGUUUUGACAAGAAAUUGGAAGCCUCUAGAUUAGAUUUUUACAGUGAUUUGUACAAAACGCGGGAUGUUGACUGCGUCAUUACAUCAGGUGAAGUACAGAAAAUGCUGGAGCAGGAAGGCUUGUUAUUGUCAGAUGUAGAAGAAAAGCCACCUAAUUCCAGCUUUACCUGUAUGGAUGGGCAGAUAUACAGUCAUGCUGGGGGAGGCUCUGGUGGCUACCUCGAGUACAUCACCAGAUAUGCAGCUAAAGAACUCUUUGACCGGGAACUUCAGAAGUUAGAAUAUAAAAUACUCAGAAACCAGGAUUUUCAGGAAGUUAUCGUACAGUUUGAUGGAAAGCAAGUGUUAAAAAUGGCCCUGGCCUAUGGCUUCAGGAAUAUACAGAAUAUUGUACAGAAGAUUAAACGUGGAAAAUGUCCUUAUCACUUUGUGGAGGUCAUGGCAUGUCCCUCAGGCUGUAACAAUGGUGGGGGUCAGAUUCGCCCAGAGGAUUCUGAGACAGUCAAGGAGCGGCUGGGCCGGGUGGAGGAGCUGUAUCGCAGUGUCAGCUGUAUUGCCCCAGGGGUGAACCCAGAUGUAGAGCGGCUGUACAGGGAGUGGCUGGGGGGAGGCGACUCGGAGAAGGCCAGGCUACUGCUCCACACACAGUAUCACCCAGUGGAGAAAAUGACUAAUGCCCUGACCAUUAAGUGGUAGACUCACUUACAAAUGCAUAUAUAGUUUGGUAUAUUUCUAUGUGAUAUUUAUUAUGAAGAGAUCAAAAGUCUAGGUUGAGGCCUAACCAUUUAUUUAAUUAAAUAUGACUGAAAGGACAACAGGUUUUACCCAAAGAAGACUGCCUAACCAGCUGGAAUUGUGAAAAAUUGUACAUCUGGAAUUUCGAGAAAAUAUACAUCUGGAAUUGAAAGAAGUGAAAUCAGGGAUAUAUCAUCUAUUGUAUUAAAUCAAGUAGAGUUUUACAAAGGAUUGAAAGAUAUUAAGAUACCUGUGGUGAUGGUUGGACUGUCGGAUAUUUCUCAGAGAGAGACGCUGAAUUCAGGAAUACAAGGUUGGAACAUAUCAAAGUACUGUCUGAAACCCUUCACCUGCAUCAGGUAUGGCCAUUAUGGAAAUGUGGAGAACUUAACACUGGCAACAUUAAAAGCCUUGUCAUUUCCAUGACAGAAAUCAUUCACAUUGAUCAAGUGCCAUUACUUUCUCCAUUCUUUAUGACGAUAUCCCCAUGCACAUGCAUGUAUACAUAUGUAUGCAGUUCAAGGUAGUAUUAGAAAAUAUAUUUGAGUAAGCUGUCACUGUUGUGUUAAACAUUUAGUUGAUCAUUAUCAGAAUAUCGAGAAACAAGGAAGGCCUAUGCAGUGGGGAUGAAGUUUAGGGCCUUUUUACCAUUGCCUGUGAAAGGUACAUUUGUACCUUGUGAGAAGACCAGGUUUGGGAGCGUUACCAUAUUGGUGGUAUAGAAAGUUUAUGAGAUGUAACAACAGGGAUUUUAGUAUUAGGAAUGGUGGUGAUACAGAGUUAUAUUCAGGUCCCUGUAUACCAUACUUCUGUCCAGGAAUAUUUUGACUUGCACCGUCACCAAAAGUACGGAACAUUUACAUACGCACCUCUACAAAAUUCUGUCAACCAUUCUCCAUGUUCAUAUAGUCACCCAAUAAAUCCACCUACUAACACUAUUAUAUCUGUUCUAAAAUAAACUGUUGCAACAGUCCCUCAAACUAACCUAUC